GAGGAGAGGAGGGACAUGGGCGGGGCUGAGGCGCCUCUCGUUUCCCCUCCAUGCUUAGCGGGGCAGCAGGGCUGGAGAGACCUCCGGGGAGCACAGUCGCCAGUCCAGCACGGAGACCCGCCUGGCCAAAAAAACGCGCCUCACACUUGCCAGGAUUGCCAGAUAUUCCUGAAAUAUAUACCUGCUAUUUAUGGCAUGUGGCUUGUAACUUUACUCCUGCUGUACUCUCUCCAAGAAGUACACAGUGAGGAUGUGGGCUCUACCAGGCUGUACUUUGUGAAUGCCUCCCUGCAAAGGGUAACCUACUCAAGCUCGGUGGGGGUGUCCCUGCCCUGUCCAGCAGGGGGCACCCCCAGUGCCAUACUGCGCUGGUACCUGGCCACCGGCGACGACAUCUACGACGUGCCCCACAUCCGGCAUGUGCACGCCAAUGGCACGCUGCAACUGUACCCCUUUUCGCCCUCUGCCUACAACAGCUACAUCCACGACAAUGACUACUUCUGCACCGCGGAAAACCAGGCCGGCAAGAUCCGCAGCCCCAACAUUCGCAUCAAAGCUGUUUUCAGGGAGCCCUACACCGUGCGAGUGGCGGACCAACGCUCAAUGCGGGGCAACGUAGCUGUGUUCAAGUGCCUCAUCCCCGCUGCUGUGCAGGAGUACGUCAGUGUUGUAUCCUGGGAAAGAGACACUGUUUCCAUUGUCCCAGGUAACAGGUUCUCACUGACCUCCUUUGGGGCUCUUUACAUCUCCGAUGUUCAAAAAGAGGAUGCCCUCUCUACAUACCGGUGCAUCACCAAGCAUAAAUACAGUGGCGAGACACGGCAAAGCAAUGGAGCCAGGCUCUCUGUAAUGGACCCCAAUGAGUCUGCACCCACCAUCCUGGACAGUUUCCAAGCAGGGGAGGUCUACGCAGGCCAUAGCAUUGAGCUCCCCUGCAUAGCGGGAGGAUACCCAAGCCCUACUGUGCGCUGGCUGAAAGAUGGUCGCCCACUACCCUCAGAUGCCCGCUGGACGCGGCGAUUGACAGGGCUGACCAUCAGUGACCUGAGGCAAGAAGACAGCGGCAGCUAUGCAUGCGAGGUCACCAACAGUUUUGGCUCAAAGGAGGUGUCUGGACAGCUUCAUGUGAUAGAUCCACUACGAGUGACCUUGUCCCCUAAGAAUCUGAAAACGGGCAUCAGCAGCACACUGUUCUUCACCUGCACUGUGGAAGGCUCUCCAGAAUACACCAUCACCUGGUACAGGAACACAGAGCCAAUUGUCCCAGACGAGCACAUCUCCAUCCAAGGACAACACAAUGACACCCUGCAGAUCACUGCAGCACAGAAGCUUCACUCUGGGGCCUACCAGUGCUUUGCUUCCCGAAAGGGCCACACUGCUCAGGACUUCUCUAUUAUUCUGCUAGAGGAUGGUACUCCUCGUAUUGUGUCUUCCUUCAGCGAGCGGGUGGUAAACCCCGGCGAGCCUUUCUCCCUUAUGUGUGCGGCCAAAGGAGCCCCACCCCCUUCUAUCACGUGGACACUGGACGAUGAACCUGUGGUUAGAGAUUCAACCUACAAGACCAGCCAGUACACCCUGUCGGAUGGCCUGACUGUAUCGCACGUCAACGUCAGCAGUCCACUUAUUCCAGAUGGAGGAGUGUAUCGUUGCGUCGCACGCAACUCGGCCGGUAGCGCCGAGUACCAAGCGCGCAUAAACGUAAGAGGUCCACCUCGAAUUAGACCCAUGCGAGACAUCACCGCAGUGGCGGGCAGAAAUACCUAUAUAACGUGUCGUGUGAUUGGGUACCCGUAUUACUCCAUUAAGUGGCUGAAGGACGGCAUGCAGCUGCCUGAUAAUCAUCGUCAAGUGGUGUUUGAGAACGGCACACUGAGGCUCACAGACGUGCAGAAGGGCGCAGACGAGGGGACCUACUUGUGUAGCGUUUUGAUCCAGCCCCAGGUGUCAAUCAACCAGACUGUCCACGUCACUGUCAAAGUGCCGCCGCUCAUCCAGCCCUUCGAUAUCCCCUCUACCUCAGUGGGGAAGCUCAUGUACAUCGCCUGUGUGGUGUCAUCUGGGGACAUGCCCAUACGCAUCACCUGGCACAAAGACGGCCAGCUCAUCGUGCCAGGCUCUGCCUCUGGUGUUGCAAUAGAGACCAAAGAGUUCAUGAGCUCCCUGCAAAUCUCCAAUGUGACACUGAAGCACAAUGGAAACUACACCUGCAUCGCCAGCAAUGCUGCUGCAACUGUCAGCUGGGAAAGACAGUUGAUUGUUACUGUUCCGCCGCGUUUUGUGGUGCAGCCCAACAAUCAAGACUGUAUCUAUGGAAAAGCUGGAGUACUUAACUGCUCCGUGGAGGGUUACCCCCCUCCAAAAGUCAUGUGGAAGCAUGCCAAAGGCGUAGGAAACCCUCAGCAGUACCAUCCUGUCCCACUAACUGGCCGUAUCCAGAUCAUGUCAAACGGUUCUCUGCUGAUCCGACAUGUUCUUGAAGACGACCGGGGGUACUACCUCUGUCAGGCCUCCAACGGAGUGGGCUCAGACAUCAGUAAAAGCAUGAUCCUUACUGUCAAGAUCCCUGCCAUGAUCACCAGCCACCCAAACACUACCAUGGCGAGGAAGGGCCAGAUCAAGGAGCUGAACUGCACAGCACGGGGCGAGCAGCCCAUUAUUAUCCGCUGGGAGAGAGGGGACACAGUCAUUGACGCAGAGAGAAAUCCCCGUUACUCCAUCAGCAUCAACAAAAAGGGGGAUGAAGUCAUCUCCACCCUAAAGCUUAACCCAGCCGAGCGAGGAGAUUCUGUCUUCUUCUCCUGCCAUGCCAUCAACUCCUAUGGAGAGGGCAGAGGGCUCAUCCAACUCACUGUACAAGAGCCACCCGAUCCUCCCGAGCUUGAAGUACGGGAGGUGAAGGACAGAAGCAUGAACUUGCGCUGGAUCCAAAGGUUUGAUGGCAACAGCAUCAUCACCAGCUAUGACAUCGAGUACAAAAACAAGUCAGACACAUGGGAUCACAUGUACACAACUAGGAACAUCUCACCCACCAACAAUCAGGCCAACAUUGUAGAGCUGCACCCGGCAUGCGUUUAUAGUAUCCGCAUGUACUCCUACAACAAGAUUGGCCGCAGUCUUCCCAGCAAAGAGCUCACAAUCAGUACCGAAGAAGCACCACCUGACGGGCCUCCGAUAGAUGUAAUCCUGCAACCGAUGACAUCUCAGAGCAUACGAGUCACAUGGAGGGCUCCAAAAAAGGAGCUGCAAAACGGCGUGAUCCGCGGCUACCAGAUUGGAUACAGAGAGAACGGUCCAGGUAGCAAUGGCCAGUAUAGUAUUGUGGAGAUGAAAGCUACGGGAGACAGUGAAGUGUACACCUUAGACAACCUAAAGAAGUUUGCCCAGUAUGGGGUGGUGGUCCAGGCCUUCAACAGAGCUGGGACUGGCCCAUCCAGUACUGAGAUCAAUGCUACCACUCUGGAAGAUGUGCCCAGCGAGCCUCCGCAGAAUGUGAGAGCAAUCUCUGUGACAUCAGACGAGGCAGUGAUCACAUGGGCAGAGCCUCCACGGCUGACGCUGCACGGUGUGCUGAAAGGCUACCGGGUUGUGUUUUGGUCCCUCUUCCCUGACGGAGGUGGGUGCUGUGGGGGCCAGGCCCAGUGGCCAAUGCAGAAAUGGGGAGAGAUGCAAAACAUCACCACCACACGUGAACAGGUGGAACUGCGAGGGCUCGAGAAGUUCACUAACUACAGUGUUCAGGUGCUGGCCUACACACAAGCUGGCGAUGGGGUCCGCAGCAAUGUCCUCUAUAUCCAAACCCGAGAGGAUCUUCCUGGUCCACCGGCUGGCAUCAAGGCAGUUCCCUCCUCCUCAACUAGUGUGGUUGUGUCCUGGUUGCCUCCUCUCAAACCAAAUGGCAUUAUCCGCAAGUACACCAUCUACUGCUCCAGUCCCGGAUCUGGACAGCCAGCUCCCAGUGAGUAUGAGGCCAACCCAGAGAUGCUCUUCUACCGUAUCACGCACCUUACCCGCGGUAAACAAUACCUCAUCUGGGCUGCAGCUGUGACAACUGCUGGAAGAGGCAACAUUAGCGCAAAGGUCACUGUGGAGCCUGCUGGGAAAGUCCCAGCUAAAAUCCUGUCCUUUGGGGGCACUGUGACCACUCCCUGGAUGAAGGAAGUACGUCUGCCCUGCAGCUCAGUGGGAGAGCCUACUCCCACAAUUAAAUGGACCAAAGACAGUGAGGACUCUGCCAUUCCUGUGACAGCUGACAGCCAACGGCAGAUCUUAUCCAAUGGUACACUGGUGCUACGCUUAGUCAAAGCAGAGGAUUCUGGGUACUACACCUGUACGGCCACUAAUACCCUAGGCUUUGACACCAUCAUAGUGAACCUUGUGGUACAAGUUCCUCCUGACCAGCCUCGUCUGACUGUCUCCACUACUUCCACCUCCUCCAUCACCCUGGCUUGGAUUCCUGGGGAUAAUGGAGGAAGCUCCAUCAGGGGAUUUGUGCUGCAGUAUUCUGUGGACAACACAGAGGAAUGGAGAGAUGUGUUCAUCAGCUCCAGCGAGCGUUCCUUCAGGUUGGACAAUCUCCGCUGUGGAACUUGGUACAAGGUCAAGUUGGCUGCCAAGAACAGUGUGGGCUCAGGACGUAUCAGUGAGAUCAUUGAGGCAAAGACGCAUGGAAGAGAACCGGUGUUCAACAAGGACCAGCCACUGCUAACGCACAUCAACUCCACUCAUGCAGGACUCAACCUUCAGGGUUGGACCAGCGGGGGCUGCCCUAUCACUGACCUGAUGCUGGACUUUAGGCCCAAAGGUACUUGGGCCUGGCAGAGCCUCAAGGCCAAUUCCACAAAUCAGCUUUUCCUCAGCGAGCUGCGAGAGGCCACCUGGUACGAGCUCAAAAUGAAGGCCUGCAACAGUGCUGGGUGUGGCAACCAGACCUCCCAGUUUGCCACAACUGACUACGAUGGGAGUACAAUCCCUCCCAUUAAAUCAGCUCGUGGAGAGGGGGACGAUGUGAAGAAACUGUUCUCUAUCGGCUCUCCUGUCAUCCUGGUUACCCUUGGCGUUGCUUUGCUCUUCAUUAUACGAAAGAAACGCAAGGAGAAGAGGCUCAAACGACUUAGAGAUGCUAAGAGCCUUGCAGAGAUGCUUAUCAGCAAGAACAAUCGAAGCAUAGACACUCCAGUGAAGGGUCCUCCUCAAGGACCAAGGCUCCAUAUUGACAUCCCACGUGUCCAGCUCCUCAUUGAAGACAAGGAAGGCAUCAAACAGAUAGGAGAGGACAAGGCAGCAGUGCCGGUGACAGACACAGAGUUCAGCCAGUCAGUGAAUCCACAGAACUUCUGUACAGGCGUUUCUCUGCAUCACCAAGCCCUUAUCCAGAAUUCAGGCCCUUUGAUUGACAUGUCAGACAUUCGGCCCGGCACAAACCCAGUGUCACGAAAGAGCAUAAAAUCAGCCCACAGCUCUAGAAACAGAUACUCCAGCCAGUGGACGCUUAGCCGCCCCAGUCAAAGUCAGUCAACAGCCUCUGCACGAACUCUGACGUCUGACUGGCGGACGAUGGGCUCUCAUGGCAUCACAGCCACCGAGAGUGACAGCUACAGUGCCAGCCUCUCACAGGACACAGAUAAGGGACGGAACAGCAUGGUGUCCACAGAGAGCGCGUCCUCCACCUACGAGGAGCUGGCUAGGGCGUAUGAGCACGCCAAGCUGGAGGAGCACCUACAGCACGCCAAGUUUACAAUCACAGAAUGUUUUAUCUCUGAUAGCUCGUCUGAUCAAAUGACGACAGGUACCAAUGACCCAGCAGACAGCAUGACCUCCCUCAGUACACCCUCUGAACCAGGCAUCUGCCGCUUCACUGCCUCACCACCCAAACCGCAGGACUACGACCGCGGUAAAAAUGUGGCUGUGCCCAUUCCCCACCGUGCUAACAAAAGUGAAUUCUGUAACCUACCCCUUUACAUGAAGACAGACCCAUUUUUCCGCAAGCAAGGGGAGCUGCAUGACCCAUGCCCAGCAGUUCCGCCGCGAGAAGCGUCAAUCCGCAGCUUGACGCAGCGGGCGUAUCACACCCAGGGCCGUCACAAGACUCUAGACCCUGCGAAGCAGCAGGCCCAGACACUGGGCCACUCUGGGCUGGGCAGCUUGGGUGCGAGCUCUGGCACUGCCACCUUGCCUCAAAGGACUCUCACCAUGCCCAGCUCCAAUAAUGCAGCAACAGCUUCCACUUCCAGCACGAGCAGCAACCCCACCAACAGUAACAAGGUGGGGGGCUCCAGAGACUCGCUCCUAGAGAGCAGCUCCUCUGCACUGGGGAGGUUGCAGAAACAGAGUGUGGGGGCCUACUCCAAGUCAUACACGCUGGUGUAGUCCAUUCUUCUGCACAGACUGCUGUCCCACUCCUCAGCCAGCCCCACUCUGGCGCUCUGGGUCUGAAUGGGCAUGCAACCAUUUUUCUUCAAACCCAAUUAAUGGUGAACUGCCCAGCAUCCUGUCUGAUUUACCUUGGGAAAGAUGUUCUCCCAGACAGAGACCCAGCUAACCCUACUUUUCAUGUUCAUGUGGGACUCUUAUAAAAGAACUACUAACUCCAACUAACAGUUCCAGCCGGCUGGUGCUCAGCUCCACUCAGCUCCCGCAGGAGCUGCACAGCGAAAAACCAGGAAGCGAUCCUGUGGUCAUUUUGAAAUACUGACUGUAACCGAGGAGCUAAAACCUCUGUGUUUAUGAAUAUGAAGACUACCAUAGCCAGUAUGAAGCUGUGUGGCCAUCCUGUCUCAUACACACACAUACACACACACAAACACACACACACACACUGUCCUCCAUAGUUUGAGUAUUAUUGUCAAUUUGCAAGCCUUCCGAUUAAGUUCCCUCUUCUUACUGUAUCUUUCACCCUCUUUGUGUCUCUUAAAGCCCCAUAAUGCUAUUGGCAGAUUCUAUAAUGUUGAUUCCCAAAAGUAAUGAGUCAGGUUCCCUUCCAAGAAGAUUUUAGUCACAUUAGCAUCCUCCACACAUCACUCUGCAGCUGAACAUUGUCUAACUUAAACAAAUCAUGACAACCCAAAUGAACCAGCUAUAAUUUCUCACAUUACAAAUACAGAAUAUUUGGUAUUAUAAAGAAUUUACAUAUAUAUUUCUAUGUAGGUAUAUUAUUGACAUUUAAGUGAAAUUAUGACAAAGUAUACAUUUUACAUACUACAAUAGUGUAGUAUUAUAUACAGCAAUUUAAUGUUAAUGUCAAAUUUUAAGAACGAGACAAUCGCUCAAUCAUGAAAUUUUAAAAAGAGAAAUUAAAGAAAAAGAAGGUUCGACUAAAGAGAGAAAAUGUUUAGUAUAUAUACAGGAUGUUUUGUAUGUUACUGUAUGUAGGGUGACUAGAAGAAGGGUGUUUUGCUUACGUUUGGACAGAGAGGGAUGCUUUCCUAUCCGCACGGUGUCAUGAGAGAAGCGAGACAGUGCAGCAGAACACGACAUCCUUGGAUCGCAAUGCCUCCUUGGUUGUUUGGUGAAAACAAUCAUGACACAAAGCCUUCCAGGAUUUCUGUAAUAAUAUAAGUCUACCCAUGAGGAUAUAGGCUCCUUGACUUUUUAUUAAGCGUGUCAGUAGCCUGAGUGGCUGGUAAAUACAAUAACAUUCAGAAACCAAAUCAGUGUCUCAGAGGAUCCCCGAGUAAGUUUUAUGCUGGGAGAAGGUUUGCUCCAAAGUGGUCACAGACUUUUAGUUAUUAUAGAGUAUUAAGGCUUCUAUUUGUGGCACCGGCAGCAGAGAUUGACAGUCACGGAUAGAGCAUCCUGCCAACUUCUCCGUCAGCCGUGCCACACAGCUAGGCUUUGCUCUUCGUAGAUUAAAAAGACAACUAGCUGAAGGAGUCCCAGUCAUGAUGUGAAUGAAGUAAGAUAAUUUAAUGUCGAGAGAUGUUAUAUGUCAGGGAGUUCAGUUUUGAAAAUUAUAUGAUCGAUAUCAUUGUUGUUGUCCAGUUUUAAGUACUGUAAACGCCACACAUUUUUUGCGCUAAUGUGCAUUCAAACAAGAAACUAUUGGAUCGGUUGUUUUAAGCAUUUACAAAGCAGCGGUUUUGUGAUUUUAUAUUUAUUUAUCCAUUUGCUUUGUUUGCUUGUUUGUUUGUUUAGGGGGAGGGGAAUCUGUUCUUCGGUUGAUUUUCACGUUUUGAUUUUCCGUUCAACUUGUUUGGUCUAAAUUUUUUGGUACCAGAGGCCAAACGGUACAAAGCUAUGUGGCCUGUGGCUAAAACUAGUUCAGCCAAGUGAAAAUCAGGGACUCAUAGCUCUUUUGGUCACACAAACUACUAUUGUAUUGUGUAUAUACUGGACAGGAGUCUGUCUGUAAACCUGAAUCGUUCAGGCUCCUGUCAUUUAAACCCCAUUCAGAUAAAUUUAAGUAAAAAAAAUUCAACACCCUAUUCAUACAAGAUCCAUCAUCUCUACCUUUGUCAGUGUUGUUUAUAGAUUAAGUCUUGUACAUAUACACAGUUUUGUAUGAAGAGCUAUUUUUUCGUCAGAAUAAAUCAGGGGACACAUCAGGGUUGAAUGCCCCAGUUUCAAAAUUGAAAUAGUAUUAAGUAAAAAGUAUUUUACUUCUGAAAUGGGCAACAAAACCAACAUUUUUUCUUUCCCUUUACGUUUUUUGAUACUAAUUUGUUGAAUUUUUAUUCUUUUUUUAAAGUCUUUUGAUGUUGUCAUUUGUCCUUUUUCCUUUUUUUUAAUUAGCAUUAUUUUAUAUUUCGUUCAUCCUCAAAUUAAGUCAUUGCAUGCUUGCUAAAAGGGAAAAAAUUGAAGGGAAAAGUGUAUGAAAAUCCAAACUUUAAAAAAAAAAUGUUGAGGGUAUCCCAAACAUUUGUUUGAGUUGCUUGCUACAGCAAUUGCUUGUGUUCAAAGGUACAUUUUCUAUGAAAAGAAAGCAAAAACUAAAAAGAUCAUUUAACACCUUGUGCAA